AUGAAGCUCACUCAGAGCAUUCUGGCUCUGGCCACCGUUGUACUGACAGCCACUGCUCAGCUGAGUUCUCUCCCCACUUGUGCGCAAUCAUGUGCAACCAACGCAAUCCCCAGCAGCUGUGGUGUUGAUGUCGCUUGCAUUUGUGGAAAUAAGAGCUUCCUGAGUGACAUCGCCUGCUGCAUUGUCGGCAAGUGUACUACCGCAGAACAAGAGCAGACCCUCAAGGCAGCCAAGGGAAUCUGCUUGGCGGGCGGCGUGACUGACCUGCCUAGCACGGUCGCCUGCACCACCGGGGCAUCCAGCACCACUACUGCUUCAAGUGGUUCGACCACUACCUCAGACAGCACCACCACUGGCACCACAACUGCAACUGGCACCACAACUGCAACUGGCACCACGGUUGCAAUUGGGUCCGAGACCACUGUCUCUGGCACCGCAGCCACAGCUAGCACCACAAUGUCUCCGUCUACUUCCACGUCGGGCACUCUCACCACUUCCACCACUGGCUCAGCUGCUUCGUCUGCCUCCUCGGCUGCUGCUACCACCGGUGGCGCUGCGCUUGGCCAGAACCAAGGCGCUUCCUUCAUGGCGGCCGCUGGUGUUGCCGCUGCCUUUGCCAUCCUCGUCUAG